UUCCUUUCGUCUGUUGCACUCAACGAUAGCGCCGUUUCGUGGCUGGAGUCAGCUGGGAUCGUCUCGUCAAUGAACGUGCCACUUCUGAACACAGUACACUACUUGUUUUCUCUUGAUCGCGCCGAAAUAAUUCGGCAUUUGAAGGGAAGUUCAGCGCAUUCGAAUUUGUGUUCUCGAAUCGAUGCAUUGUUGCAAUCACUCCCCGAAGAAGUUCCAUCGCUACCGACCGCGACCGAUGCAAAUGACCCGACUUUGCCGAAUGCAGAAGUUGAAUCAAUAAUGAAAACUAUCGAUGAGAAGUGUGCACGUGAACGUUGGAUUUGUGUUCUUGACGCAUUGCUCGCUCCAUCAACACUGAAUCCAUUGAAAUUUCUCUCCACGUCCGCGUUGGGUAAUCUGGAGAAGAUGAUAAUUAUUCAUUGUUCUUCAUCACUUUUAGCCAUCAUCAAUGAGAAUCGACCGACACUGCGUAAUGUUCAAAUCGAGAUCGCCUCCGAACUGCCCGCUUCAAUAGCUGCUGAAUCAAUACCGCCAUUAAGCGCAUCAUUGCUUCGAGUGGAAUCUUCCUUCUCGAUACCGGCUACAUUGGUUGCUUCAGUCGAUAUUCCAGUCAUAGUUCAUAUAGUCGACAAUCUGCUGGUCAUAACCCAACAGCGUUCGUUUAAUGGCACGACUGCAACUUUAUCCGACUAUUAUUUUUGCUCUAAUUUCGAACAUGUUCGUUGA